AUCGACUAUUGACUAGAGAUUCCUGGAAGAAUUUGGUUUAACAUUCCUAUCAUGAACGUUUCGAAUUGACCCAAUGGACUUGGCCAACGUCAACCUUCAAAUUUCUGCCUCCGAUUUUUGGUAACCACUGGAUGGCUCGGCGGUUCCAAGAACAAUGAGAGGGUAAUUAUUGUUCAAUAAUCCUACUAUGGCAAAAGAGUGCAUGGUCACGUUUCCAUUGGCCCUUCUCGUCGUGUGUGGUGUUGUGGCUUUGGCAGUGUCGAUCCUAAAUCUAACUUUGCCUCCACUGCUUCCUGCCUCGUGUCUAGCCAUCGCGUGAAGAUGUCCAUAUCGAGUUUGCUGAAUCCUGUUACACGGAACGAGGAUAGGUCGCAGAAUGGGGAUGACGGACGGACCAUCAAUUGGCGGAACAUCAAUGCAAAUUUUCGCCAUCCGCAUCGUAAGCCCAAGGCGAGAAUGAUACCAGUUGUUGAUUCAACUCCCUUCGAGAUUCCAACCGUUUCCAUGAAAUUUCUGUCUCGACUAUCUUGCGAGGAGCCGGAACUAUCUCGCUAUCCUCUUAUAGCAGCGUAUAUCUCUUGCAAAUUGGUCUCACUUGUAAAGUUUCAACGUCCUCUUUCCAGACGUCCUCUCGUCUUGCAAGAGAUUUACAGAAGAAUCUAUUAUGUUCUGUGUGAUAUCGGCUGCUCCAGCAAACUCGCUCUUUCCUCCGUUCUGUACAUGCUCUGGAUCUUCCCAGAUGGUAUCCCGUAUUACGGAAUCCGGGACCACCAUUGCGUUCAUUUGGUUGUCCGACUUUUCCUUUUGGGAUUCCAGCUCGGUAUAGCUUGGUUCCACGAUGACUGUUGUACUUCGAAAACCUGGUCCAAGCUCAUGGGAUUGACGAAGAAAAAUGUUAUCAGGCUCGAACAAGCGGCUCUACAGAUUUUAGGUUACACGCUUUUUAUCUCGCCAUCGGCAUGGAAUGGAUUUAUGGAACAAAUCCACGAAGACUGUCCAUUAUUUCUUUAUCCAGGAGACUUUGAAAAUCUUCGUCAGUUAGUCAGGUCGUCUCACGUUCCCGUGUACAUUGCUGGGCCUGAACAAGGGCCAUGCCAACUGGCAGCCAUUGGAACCAUAUCCCAAGCGGAGAUCGAGUACCACCGACUUAGGAUAUCGGAGUGCGCGAUUCGCGGGAAGAUUACUGUAUCUCCUAAUCAGGAUACUGAAUCCUCGAGGAUUGAAGCUGGUACAGAGGAGGAUUAUUUGUUCGACGUGUUUGAUGCGGCGGAAGAAUUAUUGUUUGAGGAAUUGGUGGAAUCUGAUCAACUUCUUCCUCUGUCGCCUCGGUUUCUUCCGUCGACAUCCACGAACGCUGUUUCCAAGCAGAGUUCUACUUCUGUUUUGCCCCCACAAUCAUAUCCGUCUUCUUCAACUCGCUCCUCUCCCCCUGCUCCAGGUACCUGUCUUUCUCCUGUGAUAAAGAUCGAGGAAGUGGAGGUUGAACUCGUGUGGCCCUCAUCGCCCCACAAUGCUGUCUCGGUCAGAGAUCAACGAUCUGAACAUCCAGCUCGGAGGGAAUCUCUCCGAGAACUGCCAUACGAUGAUUCUGAUUGCGAGGUGGAGGAUGAUAUGACUAAGCCGGAUGAGCUGUAUAGAUCAUACACUGGCGCUCAUCUUGAUGUCCAAAUUGGUCACUCCGAGUCGCAAGUCCGAGUCCCAGUCCGAUUUCGAACUCCAGAGGAGGGAACACAGAUAGAGGAGGAGGAAGAAGGAGAGGAGGAGGUCGAUUAUUGUGAUUGUUCCGAGUAUGAAGACGAUGGUCCACAUCUUUCUCAGUUGUUUUCUCUCUCUUCGCUAUCCCCAUUGUCAACAACAUACAAUUCUGAUGUUGAGAUUGAUGAUGCAGAAGAGAUAGACGAGGAAGAACGAGACUCCGAAGACAAUUGUGAACACGAUUCUGAUUUUGAUUCUAACUGUUCGUAUGCCUCCUCUACCUCCGCCACAUCUGCCUUUGAUCCCUCAGUAUCCCCACCUCCAUUCAAAAUACCAGAUACCUAUGAUAGAGAAACUGGGCUGUGGACCAUUCCGAGUCCCAAAUCCACGGAGGAGGAACUUGGCAAUUCGGAAUCCAGGCAUAUUCGUCAAGAAGAAGAACGACCUUUUGAUUUCACCUCGACUGCAUCUACUCCCGACAUCAAGGACGAGUUUUAUUCAAUGAGUCAUUACGGUCCUAUUUCCUUAGGCCAAGGAGGAUUCGCAGAUGGGGAGCGAGCUCCAUCUCCUCAUCCUUUGGAUCUUGAAGCUGAGUUGAUACACCGGGAGUUUCUUUCAUUUCCUCCUCGUGACCGUCUUUCAUCCCCUGCUGUUGUUCGGAUCAAUUCGAUGGUUCAAGGAGCUUUGGCUUGAGCUUCCACGGUUUUUCUUUUCCUUUAAUUUGGAUAUUUGCUACAGCUGCAUUGAAAAUAUCAUUUUCCUUUCUAAUUACAACCUCUUUCGGUCUCUACUCAUGGCUUGUCAUUAUGCAGUAUUUUCUCUCUCUCAAUGGAUUUGCUCUCAUUCUUUUGCCUAAAUGUCUUUUGUAACGUUGAAGAUCAUAGUAGUGACUCUGAGCUAGGAUACAAUUGGUGACCAGUAACCUGUUAGCUGAAUAGUAUUCAUGCAAGAUGUAACUUAU